GUCAUAACCAUGAAAUAAUAAAACAAUCUGAACUAAAAGUACUCGUUUUCCUCAAAAUACUGUGAUUUAUUGGUGUUUUUUGUGUUUCAAGUGACCUAUAUAAAUGUUAUUUAGAUCAAAUUCAAUAUCGAACCGAUCAUGGCAACAUUUCCAAAGAACGGAAGUCAAAUUACAAAAUUUAACAAAGUAUGCGCUAGUAGAUGAAAAGUUGAUCUAAAAAAAUGUAGUUUGUUAAACACCUAUCUGUUAUUUUUCAUGAAAUACGUAACAGAAACGUUAAGACUGUACAAAAAAAGAAAAAGAUUGAACCCAACGUCCUAUUAGAGACAAAUAACAUUAAGUAAAUAUAUUUUUCUGGACUACUUCUAGAAAUGGCGACUCAAGAGGACAAGAAGAAAUUUUAUUGCAGAGAAUGGGCGUUUCAAAAGUUGGCGCACUGCUUGGACCAACGACCAGUGUCUAAGACGUGUGGGGCUCUACUUCUCGGAGGCCCUGGGUGUGGGAAAACGACAUUUUGUUCCGAACUUUGCUGGCCGUCUCAAGGACCGGCUAGCAGGCAACAAAGGGCCUUAAAUAGACGCCUACUAUGUUACCACUUCCUUCAAGGUCACAACGAGAAGAGUUUAUCGUUGAGCGAAUUCGUACGAUCUCUAGUAACUCAAAUUCUGAAUCAUUCCACAGAAAGCCACAGGGAGCGCAGCAUACGACGUAGAAUAGCCCAGGAAGCACAGAAAACUGACGAAGCUGGCAAGUCUCUGAGUCCCAAACUUGUUAAGAAUAUUUCCUAUGAGCAGAACCUAUCGGAUAAUUGUAGUUUACCUCCUGAAAAUCUAUAUAGUAAUGUUUAUUCGGAAAAUCUGCUCUCGCCUUCGUUAGAAUCUAAAAAAUCUCAUGAAACUCCACCUAUACCGAGUCUACCUAUAAAUCCACGAACUGUCAUCGCCGACGCGUAUUUAGAGAAGCUAAAAUCGGAUCCUGAAAUCCAGAUAGCUCUUAGAGCCAAAAACAUUGAGCUCAACCCAGACGACUGCCUUAAAAGAGCACUAUUAUUUCCCCUGCUCGAAAUAGACCCUCCUAAAACGUCCCUAUUUAUUCUUAUAGACUCUAUAGACGAACAUUCCUUUGUGUACUCAAAUUCUACUCUUACGAGGUGUAAACCACGCGAAAGGUCGUCUCAGAGCAAGACGAUCGCUGAAUUGUUGGCCAACCAUCACCAUCUAUUUCCUCAGUGGUUGUUGUUAGUGUGUACGGCUAGGAAACAAUCUAAAAGUAUCGCGAAAAUGUUCACGGGUUUCAGGAAACUUAGUCUGGAUGAUUUACGAAAAUCUCAGGUUGUUCGUGAUGUUCAACAGUAUAUUUUAGCUCGACUAGACCAGGAGAAUAGCCUUAGACAACACAUUAGUCGAGAUACUGCAGAAAUGCUCAAUCAACUACACAUUAAAAGCAACGGUUGCUUUCUUUAUCUAGAGAAAGUACUAGAUGGCGUCUCCGAUAGUUUUAUUGUUCUAAGGGAAGUGAGGGAAAUACCCGGUACGUUAAAUGGACUUUAUCUAUGGCUGUGUCAGAGGCUAUUUAAUAGACGACAAUUCGCGAAAGUUCAACCACUAUUGAACGUCAUUUUAGCGGCUAAGUGUGCAUUAAACGACGCGCUUCUGUACGACAUCAUAAAAGUCUAUAACCCUAAAGUAACUUCGGAAGAUUUCAAAAAGAGGUAUCAUUUGUUGAGAAGAGUUGUCGUAGUAUCAAAAGGAGGUACAAUAAGAUUAUUCCACCAUUCAUUUGCGGAGUGGCUAUUAGAUAUCAAACAUUGUACUCAAAAGUAUUUAUGUAACAUUUUUCACGGGCAUUGUAUACUAGCGAUGUACUACACCUUGCAUGCCAAAGUCUUGAACAAUCAAGAAAUUUACGACUAUGCCUUUCAUUUGACGAGGAUGGAGCAGUAUUUAUCGGAAAAACCUAAUCAAAAGUGCCCCACUCUCAUGUGUAAAUUGACACAAGAAAAAAACAAUGCAAUUUCUCAGGGCGAUAAUAGUUUAGAAAAAACGUCUACUGAAAUAUAUUCAGAUUUGAAAGCUUUACAAGAAUUAACGAAAAAUUACGAACGAGAGUUGAAUCUUGAUGCAGAUAAUUUAGAAACGAGCUUCGUAGAAACUGAAGCUAGCCAAAACAACUUAGAUGAUUGUCAAUUCAAUUUAGACUUAAGUUUAAAUAAACUGGAACAGAAAUACGAAAAUAUAAACAUUAAAAGCCCCGUUUCCGACAAAAAUCCUAUCUACGCCGAGAUCAACAAGAGUAAAAAGGGCAAACACCAUCCCAAGGGUAAAGAUAUGGCUCAAAGCAUCGAGAAUAACGCUCUUCAAAACGACUUGAGCUUGAGCACGUCCCAAGACGCGACUAAAAGUGCGUUAGAUAAUCACACAUUGACGGUUCUUUGGCUUAUCAACAGCGGCUGUAACGUAGAGGAGUGUCUGUUAGAAGGUAACGAAAUGGCGGGAGUAAAUUUCGGAGCUUUUCUGCCCACCGAUCAAAAAGUGUUAAAGCUUCUACUGGAGGCCGGAGCUGUGGAACAGUCUGAUGCAGAUGGGUGCGACUACGAAAGUCAGAUGUCACUGGCAAGUACUUCCAGCGAACAGAGUCCAGAACCUUUGUUUGACAUCCACGACAUGCAUGGUCAAGCUGCUCUGCAUGUUGCUGCUAGAUUAGGACAGGCUCAAGUUGUCAAGGUUCUUCUUGAAGCUGGUGCGAAUUCAGAUCAAGCGGAUGUAGAUGGCUGGACGCCACUUAGAGCAGCAGCUUGGGGUGGUCACACAGAGGUAGUGGAAUUACUCGUGAAGCAUGGCUGUGUCCUCGACAGUGUCGACGCAGAAAACCGCACAGCACUCCGAGCAGCAGCAUGGUCAGGUCACGAAGAAAUCGUCAAAAUCCUCCUCCAGAACGGCGCCAGCGUUAAUUUGACAGACCACGAAGGUCGAACGGCCUUAAUAGCUGCCGCUUACAUGGGCCACGCAGAAAUUGUGGAACAUCUGUUGAACUUCGGUGCUGAUAUUAACCAUGCCGAUGCAGACGGGCGGACUGCAUUGUCUGUUGCUGCUCUGUGUGCUCCACGAACGCCUGGGGCCAGCGUUGUUGUAACCUUGCUGGAAAGGGGUGCUACGGUUGACCACAGGGACAAGGAAGGUAUGACACCGUUGCUGGUUGCUUCAUUCGAGGGGCACAGGGAUGUGUGUGAACUUCUUCUGGAAAAUGAAGCUGACGUAGAUCACUGUGACCAUGGGGGUAGAAGUCCUUUGUGGGCAGCGGCUAGUAUGGGGCAUGCACCAGUCGUAGCUCUCCUGUUAUUCUGGGGCUGCUGUAUAGAUUCCAUGGACUCUGAAGGUCGGACUGUAUUGUCAGUUGCUGCAGCGCAAGGUUGUGUUGAAGUCGUCAGACAACUGCUGGACAGAGGUUUAGACGAACAGCAUCGUGACAAUUCAGGAUGGACGCCACUACAUUAUGCUGCCUUCGAAGGGCAUCUUGAUGUAUGCGAAGCAUUACUAGAAGCAGGAGCGAGAGUAGACGAGACUGAUAAUGAAGGAAAGGCCCCAUUGGCACUGGCUGCACAAGGAGGUCAUACGGUUUUAGUCAAUUUAUUUAUAGAUAAAUAUAACGCACCAGUAGAUCAAAGACCUCACGACGGAAAAACUGCUUUAAGGUUGGCGGCUUUAGAAGGCCAUUACGAUAUAGUGCAGAUAUUGGUAUCCAAUGCAGCAGAUAUUGAUUCAAAAGAUGCCGAUGGUAGAAGUACUUUAUAUGUAUUAGCGUUGGACAAUAGACUCGCGAUGUCCAAAUAUUUCUUGCAACAAGGAGCAGAUGUAGAAACUAGAGAUUUGGAGGGUCGUACUCCAUUACAUGUGUCUUCGUGGCAAGGGCACACGGAAAUGGUGACUCUGUUGCUUACUUACGGUAAAGCACAAGUAGAUGCUUGCGAUUUAGAAAAUAGAACUGCUCUACAUUCGGCGAGUUGGCAGGGCCAUAGCGAUAUUGUAAAAAUGCUUCUAGAACACGGAGCCAUGCCCGACCAUACUUGUAACCAAGGAGCUACAGCCUUAGGCAUAGCAGCUCAAGAGGGCCACGAACUGUGCGUAGUAGCGUUAUUAGAACACGGAGCAGAUCCAAACCAUUCAGACGCUUGUGGACGAAAUGCCUUAAGGGUGGCCGCCAAAUCCGGCCAUAGGGGAGUUGUAAGACUGUUGGAGGAGUACAAUGCUAGAUCACACAAAGUGGCGCAUACUAGUAGUAGCGCCAAUUCAAUUACCUCAGCUUCCACUGCAGAAACCAAACCAUCUUGUGCCAUUCUUUAUCCUUCCGGAAGUACAGGUGAUUGGUCCGAUCAACAGAGGCGGUCGAUGGUGUCACUAGGUAAUCACAGUUCCAAUUCUAAAUCUAGUUCCAAUCUAACCGGUUCCAGCCAGUCCAGUAGGCAUGGAGAUAGGCAAAGGGAGAAUGUGCAAAAUAUUCAGCCCAUGUCGUUCACGCAGCAACUUCAGCAGUGUACGAGAGGCGGCAAAACGAGACCCCUAAGUAAGUUGUUGUCGCCUCUCCAAAGCGAACCACAAAGCCCUAUAUACGCAUCACCUCCCUUAAGUCCAGUGAAUGAUCCCCCUAACGUGUUUGAUUCCUUUUUAGGCGCUAUGAAUAUCUAUCAACCAGUUCUUAGGCACAAUAAUUUUGCGAAAGCUCCCGACACACAUUUUGCCCGUGAUACUCACAUGAGAAUCAUCCUGGGCAACACCAGUGGUUCGCCUUUUAGCAAAGAUAAGAAGUCAGAACCAGUACAGGAUACUCAGAAUUCCAAAUCAAGCAAUCAGAAACCUAAGAGAAACGGAAUAGUGACGAAUCCGGCAUUGCGGCUCGUUGCCAACGUGAAAAACGGACUUGACAGUGCUGCGGCGAACCUGCGCAAAUCGACGUCGGGAGCGAAUCCCGCCUCGAAAACCAAUAGUUUCCAUUGGCGUAAAGAAACACCUUUGUAAAAGGUAGAAGGGAUUAAAUUCACAGCCAACUAGUCAAUACAAUGGUUAUAACCUGGACUUUAAAAAUAAAAUGAACAAUGCUAACAUAUAACAACACUCACCUAGUCUUAACUAUAUCAAAGAAAUAAUUUUUAAUAGAGUUUAAUUUAUACAAUAGAUUUUUUUCAGACUUAUGUUCGACUACAUGACUCAUCACACUCUUUCGUUUUUUUACUAUACAGGAUAUUUCAAAUUGUAUCUAAAAAAUACUUGAAAGUUAUUGUCGAGAUACAUACUUUCUCAUUUUUAACUCUUCAUCGGCGGAUUAAAAAACUUUUCACAGAUAAGAAUUAAUCAAUUGCUAAAUUUUUGCUUAAAUAAUAAAAAUCAAAUUUUAUCUUGCCACGACGCUUUUAAAAUUAAGCGCAAGCAUAGUUUAGCUCACAUCUAUCCCUGUUAUCAUAUUUUUAAGAUCCCAGUGAUGACUAAGCAGUUUUCAGAACGGAAUAUUUGUUGUAAACAAAUAUCAAUAUAUUUUACACAUUUAGACUUUUCUAUCAAAAUAUAUUUGACAAGUAGUAAUCUUAUUUUAACAUUGUUAACUGUAUUUUGUACAUUGCGAGGAAAUAUGCCCAUAUUUUAAUAUAAAGCUGUUAUUUGUCAAAAUAUAGUUGCAAAACAAUUAACAAAUGACAGUAUUAAUGUUAAAAUACAAUUGCCAACUGUUUAAAUACAGUUUUAUGCAGUAAAAUGCAAUAUAAUUUCCGACUGUCAAAAGGAAGUUGUCAAGUGUCUAAAUACAGUUGUCAAGUGUCUAAAUACAGUUGUCAAUUGUCAAAAUGGGGUCGUUAAAUAUUAAAAUAAUUGUACACCUACCAAAUGUUCCCCUAUAACGAAAACUGCAGUAUAUACUUCUUUAUUAUGUAUUAUAAAAAGUUUUUUAGUUUUUGAAACAUCCUGUAUAUUAAUAUUAUUUGUAUAUUUCGUUCGGCCUACGUUAGACUUCAACGAUGUGUAAUAAUUUUUUGAUUGACACGUUUGACUUUUGUGAUAGCUUAGUGUUUAAUAAUAAGUAAUAAGUAUUUUGUAAAUCGUUUGAACGGCGUUGGGUAGGGUGUUUUUUUGUAGUGGUUUUUAACAGUGGUGUAGUAAAAGGCUGAUGGUCUUAUAUUUCUCAAAUAUAAUAUAAGUAUGUAUUCCAGAUAAAAAUAUUUACCAGUAUAUAGUAAGGCUCUCUCCCGUCUUUAUAGAUACUUCUUAUAUCGAUUUUUAAAUAUUUUUCUAUUUUCUCUUUGACGCGUUUCGUUGUCUUUAGAAUUUCGAGUUGCAAAAGUAUAUUAAAUAGUUCAUUAUCUGAACUAGGCAUUGCAUUUAUUCUACAUGAAAACGUUUCUGCGAAAAUUAAACAGACAGUUUGCCUAGCAUGACAGAAAGAAAGUUUUUUUUAUAACUGAAUAAAUCUAGAAAUUAUUCAGUUGAAGAGGUCUUAUUCAUUUUUCCUUGGUAUUCUGUUACAUUCCUUGUAUUAUUUUGUAAUUUGUAAAUAUUACUAUUGAAUAGUACCACAUAUAGGAAAAAAAAAUAAAAAUGCGAAAGCUGUUGUCAAAAUAUAGUUGACACGUCAGUAUUUUUCUGCCAAAAUAUGACUAACGCUAAAAAUAGAUAUCAGCUUUUAAAUAUAGUUACUAAUUGUCAAAAUCCUUAAUAAUAAUAAAAAUUCAGUACAAUUGCCUAUUUAUACAACUUUUAUAUAUAGUAUACAACUUUUAAAAUAUACUGAUCAGUUGUUAAACUAGUUAAUAAUUAUCAAAAAUAUAAUUGACAAGUGUCAUAAUACAUUUUCUAACUUUUAAAACACAUUUAUAUCUAUUCAAGUAGUGACUUAACUGUCACGUUAACUCACUUGCCAACUUUUAACAUAUAUAUUAACUGUCAAAAGACAUUUGUCAACUGUCAAAAUGUUAGUAUAUUUAUAAUAUUAUUAAUUUUAUGAGAUACAAAUAUUAUUAGAUACCGGCUUCUGAUUUGAAAUUAGAAACAUAAUAUAACAGUUGUUAUUUUUCCUUUCAUGUAGUACUAUUCUCAGAGAAAGUUAACUGAAAUGUCGUACAUAAACAAUAUUGUAUUAUAUAGAUUCUUCUAAUUUAGGUAUGAGUACAUCUAAGAGAUAUAAACCAUUGGCUAAUGUGGUUUGAAUAAAUAAUUUUGGAGUUACGAGUAACAAAUUGACAAUAUUUAUCUGUUGGCUAACGAGAAAUAUGAGAUCAUCGGGUAAGUUUCGAGACGUAACAACACCAAUAUUGAAAAGUUCUCUAAUAAAUUGAUAAGUAAUAUUUUUAGGGCAAUAUAAAGUUUCGUUGCAAAUAUUUAACAUACGUCGAGUAGUGUUACAAAUUAUUGACAAAUCCAGAUACCCUAUAUAUGUUCAGUAGGAUCUCAGUUAAAUGAAUAUUUUUGUAUUUAUCACAAUUAGUUGCUAAGGUCGAAUGGUUGUAGCUCUGGUCGUAUAAAUAAAUUAACUAAUGUAUUUAGGCGCAAAGGCUUUUUUAAAAUGUAUUUUUCUUUUUAUUUCCUUUCUUUAUAAUUUCUCAAACGUUAACAUGUUAAUGUCAAUCAAACUGCAGCUUGUCUUGACAGUUGGCAACUGUAUUUUGACAGUUGACAAUUGCAUCUUGACAAUUGACAACUGUAUUUUGUUGUACAUCGUCAUUUAUUUUGCUAAUAUUUUUAUUGUUGUCAAGUGGAAAAUCAUAGAAACGAAAAAUAAUUGUCAAAACCAUUUUUAAAAUGGGCGUGAUUUACAAUUUUCCUGUCUACUUCCUUUCUUGACGCUUUUUACAGCUUCGCAACUCUUGCAAAUCUCGUAAAACUGCUUUUUAAAUUCUUUGAUGCCUUUUAGUUCUUUAAUAUCUCUAAUUUUCAGAAUAUGUCAAACCUUUGGGCUGCCAACCAUAGCUCUAUAAAACUUCCUGUUUUGAGAUGUUGUUCUCCAAUUUCAGUUGCUCCAAUUAAGAAAAGCUAUGAACAUCUUUUGAAAGGCAAUACAUGCAAGACGUAUUUGUCUAUGUAUAAAAUUUGAUAAAAUGUUUCAUUCGGUAAACAGAUGGGUAAAUGUCGACCUAGAUUCGAAUCUUAGACUCCUUGACAAAGCCACAGAAUAAUAAACAAUCAGAGUGCCCACUCAGCUUGUAAAGAUAAGUACGCGCAACUCAUUCGCGCAGACGGAAUCAGCCAUGUUUUAAACGGAACCAGUGCUGUUCAGUGAAAUUGUAUUUGGUGUGCAUAGAAAAAUUAACCCGGUUUAAUUUAUUUACGGCAACCUUAGACAUAUAUGCAAUAUUUUGUGUCGUACAUUUAAAAUUUAAAUUAUUAAUCUCUUCUAUUUCUUCUAGUUAGAUGACCGUUAUCGAUCGUUGGAUAUCAUGUUGGCUACCAUAUUCGCUAUCGUGGCUUUUUAUUUUUCCAUACCAUUGCCUUAGAUUUUUCAGCCAUGAUGUUCUUCUUCUACCAGGACCACGAUUACCUUGGAUCUUUCCCUGAAUGAUCCGAUUUAAAAGAUCAUAUUUUUCAGGGUGUCUCAUAAUGUGACCGAAGUAUUUCAGCUUGCGUUUCUUUAUUAUAUUGACCAGUUGGGUUGUUUGGUUCAGCCGUCUAAGGACCUCCUCAUUUCUAACUCUGUCGGCCCAGCUUAUUUUCAGGUCGUCUGUAUACCCACAUCUCUAAGGCUGUCAAGCGUCUAAGGAUAGCCUCAGUUAGAGUCCAUGCUUCCACUUCAUACAGCAGGAAAGGAAAGAUGUAGCAAGGUGUCAUUCGAACUCUUAAGGUCAAUGCUAAGAUCGUGACUGCAAAGUACGUUUCUCAUUUUUACAAAAGCAGCUCGAGCUUGUUCUAUUCAGCUUUUAAUUUCUCCGGUUGGAUCCCAGCUCUCAUUGAUAUUACUGCUGAGAUACACGAGCUUCUCUACUCUGUCCAGUGUGGCAUCUGCGACUUUUAUACCGUCAUCCUGUAUAUAAUUUUGUUUGCUAACUAUCAUAAUAUACAUAUAUAGUUUUCUUAACGUUGAGUUUUAAUCCAUACUGAUCACAAGUCUAUUUUAUUUUGUUCAUUAGAUUUUGAAGGUCUUCUCCGCAAUUAGCAAGCACUAAGAUAUCGUGGGCAUAUCUAAUAUUGUUGAGGGUUACUCCCUUCACAAUAAUACCUUCGGUUGUCUCCAUUAAGGCUACCUUAAAUAUUUCCUUCGAAAAUAAGUUAAAAAGUAAAGGCGACAAUAUACAGCCUUGUCUCACUCCUCUUUUUAUAUUUAUUUCAUCCGACAGUUCUUGUUCAACCUUUAUUCUUGCCACUUGAUGCCAGUAUAGAUUUGUAAUUAUUCGUAAAUAUUUAUCGUCCUAUCCAGCUGUUUCCAAUAUUUCUAGUAUUUUGUUAUGUCGGACUUUGUCAAAAGCUAUUUCAAAAUCGAUUGCACAAAUGUACACAUUUUGAUUUAUCUCUCUGCAUCUCUGUACUAGCACCUGUAUACUAAACAAGGCUUUUCUUAUUAUUACUCGCAGGAAGAUCUUCAAAACAUGACUCAUCAGACUUAUUGUCCGAUAAUCAUCGCAUGUCUUUGGACGAUGUUUCUUAGGUACUGUGACAAAUGUCGACUUUAACCAAUCAGUUGAUAUCCCAGUCUCAUAAAUUCUGUUAAAGAGAUCAGAACUUUUAUUCCAUUUUCUUCCAAAAACUUUAGUAUUUCAGCACUUACUUCAUCGGGCCCAAGUGCUUUUCCAUUUUUUGCCGUUUGUAUUGAACGUGUAACCUCACUUUCUGUUAUAGAUGGACCUGAUAUAGCAAUCGGUGUAUGAUGUUCCCAUUCUUUUAACUAUUCAUUGAUGUCUAAUAUUCUGUGUCCGUUUCUGUCUUCUAAACUUUGGGAUACUUGUUUCCGUUUGUUUCCAGCGACUUCUUUUAAUUUCUUGUGCAGAUGAAAUGUAUCGUGUUUCUUUUCAUAUUGUUCAAUUUCAUUACAUUCUUUACUAUGAAAUUGUGUUUUCGCGUGUCUUAUUUUCUUCCUGAUUAUUGCGUGGAUCCUGUUGUAUUCGUUUUUAUCUUUAUUUCUGACUUCUAUUCUUUGAUCCAUAAGUCUCAGUAUUUCUUCUGUCAUCUACCCUUGUUUUUUUCUCGCUUUUAGUACACUCAAUUUUGUUUCUUGAACAGUCUUUAAGAUGUCUUUAAUUCUCGUUGUUUUCCUCAGUACUUUCCUGUUUGCUUGAUGUUAACUUCAUUUUUUGUUGUAAUACACUAGUUAUUUCUUGUUUUACAGUAUCAUUUAACAUCUUUUCUCUAUCAAUAGUAACUGUUUGCUUAUUCGUCUUUGCAACUCUUUUUAAUCUCAGUCUUAUUUUUCCUACUAAAAUAUUGUGAUCUGUUGGUACAUCUGCGCCUGGAUAUUAAUCUCUAAAAAUUUAAAUUACAGUUCUGUCGUAGCUUGUCACAAAUUUCUCAAUCCGAGUCUGUUUCCGUUUAAAAUAUGGCGAUCGCGUGCUUACAUACUUAAAAGGCGGCAUCUGAGAAUGGGCGUUCUGAUUGUUAUUUUUUAAAAUGUGACAAAGCGUUAAACAAAAAUCGAUAAAUACCACCAGCAUUCGACUGAAAACCUUAAAAAGAGGAGAAGAAUAUAAGGUAUCUGAUUGUAGAUUUGCGGUCCUUGAGCAAACGUGCAAACAAAACACAAGUAAGAGGAAGGAAAAGUUACUUUUAUUUUUGACUCAUAUUUCACAGUUUUUUAAAAUACUGUUUACUUAAUUUUUUAAGAAAGACUGAUCAAUUUUCUUCGCAUAGACUUAUUUUUCUUAAUGAAAACGACUGUAUUACAACGAUUUCCUAAUAAACUAAGACGGUUCUUAUGGCCUAAUAGCCUAAGAUGUUUUUACAUUACUUUUGUUUUGAUUUUGUAACUGAAAUCACUUUGUUGACUUGUCUGCCAAAAAGAAAGAAGAAGGAAGCAGGUAUUGCUGUCGUCCAUAACAAAUACACUUUGGAACAUAGACUCAUCUAAAUUUUCCCACUGAAAUUUAUAAAAUGAAGUCUAAAUGCAGAGUUUACACAAUUGUCGAUGAUCCAAAAACAUUUUAACACCUUUAGUAGAUAAUCUAGUAUUAUGUACGAGGAUAAAAUAACAACUAAUCGACCGAAUAAUAAACAAAUUAGUUUUUUUAUUUAAAAAAUGAUUUUUUAAGAAUGUCUCCCUUUAUUUCGUUAUAAUUUUCCAAUAAUUGUUUCUCGAAAACUUGAUGCAAAUUGUUCAAGCAAAUAUUUGUUAAAAUUUGAGAACCGAUAAAUACCACGGUGGAUCAAGUCUGCUGAAUAGGCAGAAUUUUUAAAUAAUUCGUGGUCACAUCUCUAAAUUGUUCCAUUUGCUAAAAUAUCUUUGUUGCACUUCUGAUGGAAAGAGGAAUUUUUAUUUUGGGAAAACGAAGUGUAUUAUUCACUUUUUAAUUUAUUCUUUAUUACUGCUUACUAUAGGUAAACGAAAAAGACGUGUUAAUUUUUGUUGUCGAUCAGAGCUAUAACCUUGAAAAUUUACUUAUUACCUAUGAGUUGUAACAAUCAUAAAGGAUUUUUCCUUUCUGUAAUUAUUUUUGUAUAUUUUUUUAUUUAUUAAAAACGUGUCCUAAACUAAACCCGGUUUGAACAGAACUGUCUCGUUUUUUUCGCACAGAGUUUGUUCAAACACGGAUUUAGACCACUCCUGGGGAAGUACCCGGUAUAUCAAUUAUAUUAUAUGCCUUUUGUAUUUACAUAAAGCUUUAGUUUUAUACAGUUUUAAACUCGUGCACUGUAUAUGUUGAAACAGUAUU